AUGGCAAAUGAGGGUGAAAAUCAUGGAGCAGCCCAACCUAUGAAUGUCUUAGGUGUUCUUAAUCCUUCCAGAGUGAGUGGAUCAUUGUGGUUCAAACGUGAUUCCGUAAUCACUAGUGAGAUAAGAACAAUCAUCCGAUCUGAUUUUCCUGGCCCGUAUAGAAACUGGUCAACUACCCCGCAACAUGUAAAAGAGCGAUGGUGGUUCACAUUCAAGAGCAAAUUCUUUUGGAAUGACUUGACUGAAUCCGAGGUGCGUAAGAUGUUUUGCAAAUGUGCUGCGACUAAACUGAUCGAUAUGAUCAGCCGAGUAAAAGAAAGAGGUAAACAGCCAUAUUGGAUCCUUGAUGAUUACUACAAAGACUUGGUUGCCUACUGGGGAACAGAUAAAGCUAAGGAAAAAAGUAAAAAAGCGUCUAAGAGUCGAAUGUCAGAUCGAAACGGGCUGGGACCUCAUAAACACCGAGCUGGCUCACGUUCAUAUGCUAGGGUUGCCGAUAUAUUGAAAGAAAAGAACGGAGAUGCAUCUUACAUUGAUGUUCUUCGUGAGACACACAAGAAAUCAGACGGGUCAUUUGUGGAUGAAAGGUUGGUUGAUUCAACACAAGGUCGUGUGUUUGGUCUUGGAGCUCUUCUUAGUGAGGUUUCCCUCAAUGCUAAAAUGCCAGUCACCAUUGAAACCCACUUAGAAAGUGAUGAGUUCAAGAAAAAGGUGGAAGACAUUUCUCAAGAAAAUGAAGAUAUCAAAGAAAGGCUGAGCAAACUUGAAGGCUUGGAGAAAAUGAUUGCCAUCCUUUGUCCAGCUAUUCUAUCCAGGGGUGUCAACAACAACCAAGUUUAA